CUAGUUCUUCUCAACCUCUACUAAAAAUCUCUGGGAUUUUUUUCUUUUCUUUCCAUUUGAGGCUUUUCUAGAUAAGUUCUGGUGUCUUGUUUAUCUGUUUCCUCCAUUUAUAACAGAGAGGAAGCUAAGUAGCUUCUGUUAAAGAACGAAAGAAAGAGAGGUGGGGUGGUGGUGGUGUUGGGGGAAUUAAGAGAGAUAGUAGUUGCAGAGAAGAAAGAAACAUAUUCUUGGUGCUUGUUUGUUUGUUACCAAAGGGGGGGUGGUGUGGGGGGUGGGUUUUAGCUAAGUAAUGCGCUCAGGAGCUUGUACGGUCCAGCAGACCCUCACAGCGGAGGCUGCUUCAGUUUUGAAGCAUUCUCUAAGCUUGGCAAGGAGGAGAGGCCAUGCUCAAGUCACUCCUCUUCAUGUAGCUGCUACGUUGCUAAGCUCGAGAACUAGUCUUUUAAGACGUGCUUGUCUUAAAUCUCAACCGCAAUAUCAAUCUUCUCAUCCUCUUCAAUGCAGAGCUCUUGAGCUUUGCUUCAAUGUUGCUCUUAACAGACUUCCUACUACACCUGGUCCUUUACUUCAUGGCCAGCCUUCUUUAUCCAAUGCUUUGAUUGCUGCUCUGAAAAGAGCACAAGCGCAUCAAAGAAGAGGCUGCAUUGAACAACAGCAACAACAACCUCUUUUAACUAUAAAAGUAGAGUUGGAACAGCUUAUAAUAUCUAUUUUAGAUGAUCCUAGUGUUAGUAGGGUUAUGAGAGAAGCUGGGUUUUCGAGCACUGCUGUUAAGAACAAUAUAGAGGAUUCUUCUGCUGCUUCUGUUUUCCAGUGUUAUUCAACUACAGGUGGGGUUUUUUCUUCUCCUUGCUCUCCUUCUCCUCCUGAAACUACUCAAAGAGAGAUUAUAAACCCUUCUACUUUUUGGCAAACCCAUUUCUCAUCUUUCUCUUUGGAGAAAAACCCAUUUCUUUUUUCACCACAAAAAAGGGUUUUAAGUAACUAUUUUGCCGCAGAUUCUGUUUCUGUCAAGGAAGAUAUUAAGUUGGUUUUAGAGGUUUUCUUGAGAAAAAAGAGAAAGAAUACUGUUAUAGUGGGUGACUGUGUUUCUGUAACAGAAGGACUUGUUGGGGAGUUAAUAGGAAGGGUUGAGAGAGGAGAGGUUCCAAUAGAAUUGAAAAACGUCCAGUUUGUUAAAUUUCAAUUCGCACCAGUUUCUUUAAGGUUUAUGAAGAAAGAAGAUGUUGAAAUGAAUAUUUCUCAACUGAAAAGGAAAGUUGAUUCUAUGGGAGAAGGUGGGGCCAUUAUUUACACAGGAGACUUGAAAUGGACAGUAGUUGAAGAAAGCUUUGUUAAUGGAGGAGGAGAAGAAGAUUCAGGUUAUAGUCCAGUUGAACAUUUAGUUGCAGAAAUAGGAAAAAUAGUAUCAGAAUAUAGCAACUCAAACUCAAAGGUUUGGUUAAUGGCAACUGCUAGUUAUCAAACAUACAUGAAAUGCCAAAUGAGACAACCUCCUCUUGAGCUUCAAUGGGCAUUUCAAGCUGUUUCCGUUCCUUCAGGUGGUCUUGGCUUGAGCCUCCAUAAUUCCAGUAUCCAUGAAUCAAAGUUAAGCUUUUCCCAUAACCCAUCACAAGUUCUUGAAACAAAACCCUUCAUUAUUAGCAAUGGCAAGGAUGAGCAAGAAAAGCUAAGUUGCUGUCCAAAAUGCACUUCCAGUUAUGAAAAAGAAGCUCAACUCUUCAAAUCAGGCCAGCACAAAAAUUUGCCUCCUUGGCUUCAUCCACAAGGCACCAAUGCCAAUCAAAAGGAUGAGUUGAUUGGAUUAAGAAGGAAAUGGAAUGCAUUCUGCAGUGGCUUAAACCAUCAAGGAAAGCAUACUCAGAACCAUUUGGGUUCACCUAAUUCUUACAACAAUAACAACAAUCAAAGCAUAAUUGAGAAGAGCAAUUCAUAUGCUUCUUCAAACCCUUCGUGGUCAAGCCAAAACAACAUCUUUCAAGAUUCAAACUCAAUCUCUUUCAUAGAUUCUCCUUUGAAGCCUAACCAGAUUACCAAUUCUGUGCCUAAAUUUAGAAGGCAACUUUCUUGCACCAUUGAUUUCAACUUUGACAGUGGAGUUCAUAAGAAUCAACCAGGGGAACCAAACUUGGACUCUCUCAAGAACACUCAAGGUAAAGAAGUCAAAAUCACACUUGCUCUUGGAAAUUCUUUCUUGUCUGAUAUAGGGGAAAGAGAGAAAGGAAAGAGUGAUGAUUUGUGUAAGUUAUUGAAAGAGAACAUUCCUUGGCAAUCGGAAAUCAUUUUUCAUUCUAUAGUAGAAGCUUUGGUUGAAUCCAAUUCAACAAGAAGAGGGACUUGGCUACUUUUACAAGGAAAUGACAUGGUGGGGAAAAGAAGAUUGGCCCUUACAGUUGCAGAGUCUGUUUUGGGUUCUGCUGAUUUACUACUUUAUAUGAAUUUGAGGAAAACAGAUAAUGAAGCAGCUUCACUUAAGAUCACAAAAGCCUUAAGAAAUCAAGAAAAGAUUGUUGCUUUGAUAGAAGACGUUGACUUUGCUGAUAAGUUCUUGAAACUACUUUCUGAUGCAUUUGAAAGUGGGAAAUUUGGAGAAUCAGCAAAUAUUGACCAAGCAAUAUUCAUUUUGACAAGGAGCAAUGAUUUCUUGAGCUAUGAAGAUGGAAAGAUAAAUCAAGAUUCUGUUAUUCCGAUGAUUCUUGAAGUGAAAGAAACAAAACAUUCAAGAUUUGGGACACCCAACAUGGAUCAUCACAAGAGAAAACCUGAAUGGGACAUUUCAAGCAAGAUCAAGAAUCCAAGAAUCAAUGAAAAAGAACAAGAAGAUCUUGAAAAUGGAAACAAGAUCAAGAAAGACUUCUCAAGGCAGUCAAGCUUCAAUAGUACUCUUGACCUGAACAUCAAGGCCAAUGAAGACGAAGAAAGUGAAGAGAAACCUGGAGAAUUUAGUCCUAUUUCAAGCGAUUUAACCCGUGAAACAAAUUAUGAUCCAGUUACUCCACAUGGGUUUCUUGAUUCCAUGAAGAACCAUAUUCAUUUGGAUAAAAAUCAAGCUCGUGAUAGGGCAAUAACAGAGAUUUUCUCUUCCAAAUUGAAGAGUUGCAUACAAGAGGUUUUUGGUGAUCUAAAUGGGAUUGGUUUUAGCAUUGAAGAAAGGGUAUUAGAAGAGAUAGUAGAUGGGUAUGGUUGUUUUGUUAAUAGUCAAAUGGAAAGAUGGCUAAAAGACAUCUUUCGAAAAACAUUAGAAACAGUUAAAAUUGGAGGGAAAAAUGGUGUGGGGAUUAGGCUUUGUUUUGAAGGCACAAAUGAAAGAGGUUUGGAGAAUGGGUUCAUGGGUACAUGUCUUCCCAAGAAAAUCCAAGUUUCUUUCAUGGACUAACUAAAUUUUUAAGUCUUUGCCUUUUUUUUUUUUUUUCUUCUUCUUCUUUUCCUUUUUCUUUUGUAAAAUCUAUUACCACCACAAUUUCCUUUGUGUAACUUGCUAAUUUUCAUAAUAGGAUGUGUUUUGCUUUCCCUGUUUAACUUCA